ACCACUUGCCCGCGCUUCUGUGUGCACGUCAGUCUCUCAUUUACUCAUUUUUGAACAUUCAAAAACACAAAAAUACCUCCUCUCCUUCCUUUCUCUCUCUUCUAACGGACCUUUCUCUCUCCGUCGCCGCCCUCCGCCUCCGUCCUCCGACCUCCGCCGUUUUUCUCAGUCUACUUUUUGAUUAAGAUCCGGCGGACACGCAGAAUGCGUGUUUGUAACUGAGAUCAAUGUAUGAACUGGGGCGGAGAUCUUCAAAGCAAGCAACCGGCACGCCGAUAAAGAAAUUAUUAGCUGAAGAGAUGUCUAGAGAUGCUGAAUUUAAAAAGAAGUCGCCGGGUGUUAUUGCCCGAUUGAUGGGCUUCGACGGGUUGCCACCUCAUCAGCUGUCUCACAAACAACCAAAGAGCUCGUCUCAUAACUAUGUACAGAGGGCAGCAAUAUCUGAAAAGUCUCAGAAGAGUAGCACAUCGUGUAGCCGCCGCUCAUCGAGGAAGAGCUCGAAGGAGGAACAAGAAUUUAAAGAUGUGUUUGAAGUUUUGGAUACAGGAAAAAUGGAGAUGAAUAGUUCCUCACGGCGGGUAACUGGUAGCAGAAUCCACAGUGAAGCUGAGAUGGCAUUUGUUAAGAAGAAGUUCUUGGAUGUCGGGCGUCUUUCGACGGAGGGAAGUUUUCAUGAUUCGAGAGAGUUUCAUGUUGCUGUUGAUGAUUUAGAGUCCAACAACGAUCUUCUGCUGAAAUACCUUGAGCAGCCUAAUUCAUUGUUCACAAAGCAUCUGCACGAUUUGCGGGCAACCCCUACCUCACCUCAUUGUGGUCGUGUAUCGGUUAUGAAGUCAUCGCGUGAACCAGAGCGCGAAGGAAAUGGUCUAGGGUACAAUCGUGAUACAGAAACCGCGUGGAAGAAUUUUAGGAAAAAUCAUAGUGAUCCUCUCGGUCAGCCCUACUGUAAAUAUGCUGUUGAAGAUCAACUUAAGUCACAGAAAAAUGAGUCUUCUGUAACUCCUACAAGGAUUGUUGUGCUGAAACCAAACUUUGGUAAAUCGCAGAAUGCUAGCGCGGAACUUUCAAGCAUUAACGGGGAGGCAAAAACAUGUGGAAACGAUAGGUUUCAGAAUGAUGCAUUGCUUCCAAGAUAUAAGUCUAGAGAGUCUAGAGAAAUAGCUAAGGAGAUCACCAGGCAAAUGAGAAGUAGUCUAGAAGAUGGUUCUCUAAAGUUCUCAACUUCCGGGUUUAGAGGAUAUGCUGGAGAUGAGAGUUCAUCAAACAGGUCUGACAAUGAAUCAGCUAAUGAAUUAGAUGUGCCCGCAGCGAUUUCUAGGAAUGCUAGUGGCCGAAUCAACCGAUAUAGGCCUUCGCCAUCUCGCUCUGCUGAAUCAUCUGUGAGCAGGGAGGCUAGGAAGAGACUCUCAGAAAGGUGGAAAAUUACUCACAGGUCAUUUGAUAUGGGCGUUGGCCGUAACAGUAGCACUCUAGGUGAAAUGCUUGCUACGCCUGAUAUUGAGGGGAGGCCAGCUGAAAAAUAUAUAGGCCAUGAUAGACCAGCAGGAUGGGUUGAACCUUUGGGUAUUUGCAGUAGGGAUGGUUGGAAGGAUGAACAUGUUCGCACUCUUUCUAGAUCUAAGUCUGUUCCUGCUUCAUUUACUAAUAAUGGCAGUCCGAGAACAGGCAUGCGCAGGGAGACUCGUUACAACGACAGUUAUCUACUGAAAGAAGUGACGCAAAAGCCGAGAAUUAAGUCAGUAAAGAGUAAUUUUAAUCAGCGAGAAGCUUCAUCUUCUAGAAAGUCAAGGUCACAUAUUAGGAGAUCUCAUUUCUUUGAAGACAGUUGGAGUGAUUGUAGUAGUUUGUCUCCACAAAAGAAUAUCCGGGAGGUGUCUACACAACAUCAUUUGGUUUCCAAGCCAUCUGAUAUUGUCCUUACAGAUGCAAAUUUAAUAUCUGAAACUGUGGUGGAUUCGACAACUGACCGAGAAAUAGUGGGUGAUCCCUCUUCUGGAGAACCAGAUGUCUUAAGUUCGCAGGAACUGUCAAAUGCGGCACAUGAGGAAGGCUCAGUUCCUGUGCAGCAUUCUGCAGCUGUGCUAGAAUCUCUGGAAAGCUCUAAAGAAGCUGAGCAGCCAAGUCCUGUUUCAGUUCUGGAAACUCCAUUUCCAGAUGAUAUAUCUUCUAGUUCGGAAUGCUUCGAGAGUCUUUCUGCUGACCUACAAGGCCUUCGAAUGCAGCUUCAGCUACUAAAAUUGGAGUCAGAAGCAUAUGAAGAGGGAACCAUGCUCAUCUCAAGUGAUGAAGAAGUUGAAGAAGGCUUUCUCGGAUUCUACGAAGAGGAAGGAAAAGUUGAAGAGAGCAGAGAAUUUUCAUAUGUAGUUGAUGUAUUACUAGAAUCCGGUAUCAGUGAUGCUGAUCCUGAUACCUUCAUGGCAUCAUGUCAUUCUUCAGAAUAUCCAGUGAAUUCCCUUGUAUUUGAAGCCCUGGAGAAGAAGCAUCUCAGUCUAAACUCUUGGCCAAGGUCUGAAAGGAAAUUGCUAUUUGACCGAGUAAAUUCAGCUCUACAGGGAGUUUACCAACAAUUAGCGGAUCCACAUCCUUGGGUGAUGCCUACAAGAGCAAUGGUUCCCAAAUGGAGUAAUCUUGGUCUUAAGGAUGGCAUCCGUAAGUUGCUUGCUAACCAAGACAAGCAAACAACCAAGGUCGAAGUAGAGAAUGAUCUGGUAACUGACUCAGAGUGGUUGGAGUCGAAAGGCGAUAUUGAUGCAGUCGGUAGAGACAUUGAGAGAUUGCUGAUAGAAGAAUUACUAAAAGAGAUUGUAGCAGUAUAGAGACUUAGGAUGCCAAAGUAUAUACAGAAAUGAAAAAAAUGAAGCAAUGCAAUGUCAUAUCUUUAGUAGAUUACUAUUAAAUUUGGUAUAAUUCCUAACUCGAUAAACUCCAGAACGCUGAUCAUGGAAAGCGCUGCGCUGAGCAAGAAUGAGCUUGAAUCUAUAAGCCCGAGUCUGUAUCCAAGUAGAAGUUUGACACUGCCCAAGCCGGCUUGGCCUUGGCAAUUUCUACAGGUAUUCAAAUGCAGUACCAGUAACUAAAUAUGUUCUGAUGCUUAAGCUGUUUAAUAUGCAGCUAUUUAGACAAACGAUUUUACAUCAAUCAAGUCUUCUGGCCCUUCUA